GGCCGAGGCGCUGCGUGUGUGUAACGUGAUAGCUGCGCCGUCCCGAUGCCGUUACACACACACACACGCUCUCUCUCACUCACUCUCUCUCUCUCUCACACACACACACGCUGCAGGCUACAGCUCGGAGACAGCUCUUUCCUCAUCCACGCGCCGGAGGAGUGAAGGCGCACGCGGACACGGAACUCCGGACACGCACGCGCUCCACGGAACGUACGUCUCUAACCCUCUUUCACGUGCAUUUUUCUUCCCUUCACCACAUCUAAGGAAAGUCUGAAAAACAAACUGACACGCAGAGAUCCCCAGGUGCCAUCAUUCGGAUUGGAUUGGGGCUUCGAUCACUUUCCAUACCACCAGCUCGAGGAAAUCAGGGGACUCGAACUUAACGCAGCGUGUAUCCUCAGACUUCAGGAGAAAAAGUUCUUUAGUUUGUACAGUAAUGCUUUAUUAUUUUUCCCCCCCUGUACAUCAUACGUCAUGGGCAUGGUGUUAAAGCACGCGCUCUGAUCGGUGCGUGUUGAAGAAGAGCGCGAGCGCCGGAGAGGACGCGCGUGAGCAUCGGCGUGCUGAAGAGCUCCUCUCGCUGGAUAAACUCGCUCCUCUACGCCGAAACAAGAAACAAUACAACACUUAGACGCGUGCGAUUUUUUUUCCCUUUUCCAAGGGUGGCACGAUUCACCUGGAAAGAUGGAUUUAGCCAGCAGACUGUAUGGAUGCUUACUCGUGGUGUAUUUCUCCUCGUUGCUGGUGCACGGAGAUGAGGAGCCAUGUGGCGGGCACCGCGAUGCUACCGAUGCGGGCUACAUCACCACGCCCGGUUACCCACAGGAGUACCCGCCUCACCAGGACUGCCGCUGGAUCAUCACAGCUCCAGAGCCUUCCCAGCGCAUCGUCCUUAACUUCAACCCCCACUUUGAGCUGGAGAGGCUGGACUGCAGAUAUGACUUCGUCGAGAUCCGUGAUGGCAAUUCGGAUUCUGCAGAUCUGCUCGGGAAACACUGCAGCAACAUCGCGCCGCCGGCCAUCAUCUCGUCAGGACCUACGCUCCACAUCCGAUUUGUGUCUGACUAUGCCCAUCAGGGAGCCGGCUUCUCGCUGCGCUAUGAGAUCCACAAGACGGGUUCGGACUGCUCCAGAAACUUCACAAGCCCCUCAGGUGUGAUCGAGUCACCCGGCUUCCCGGACAAGUACCCUCACAACUUGGAGUGCACCUUCAUCAUCGUUGUUCCUCCCCACAUGGAGGUCACACUCACCUUCAUGACCUUUGAUCUGGAAAACGAUCCUUUGCAAGGCUCGGAGGGCGAGUGCAAGUACGACUGGCUGGAAGUGUGGGACGGCCUUCCGCAGGUCGGACCUCUCAUCGGACGCCACUGCGGGACUAAAAUUCCCCCUGAGAUCCAGUCGUCCACCGGGAUCCUCUCGCUCACCUUCCACACUGACAUGGCUGUGGCAAAAGACGGCUUUUCUGCCACCUAUAACAUGACCAUAAAGGAGGUUAAUGACAAUUUUCACUGUAGCAAGCCAUUCGGGAUGGAGUCAGGUCGGAUCACGGACGAUCAGAUCACCGCGUCCUCGUCGUUCGGCGAUGAUAUGUGGUCUCCACGGCAGGCUCGUCUUAACUACGACAAUAACGCCUGGACGCCCAGUGAGGACAGCAACAAGGAGUACAUACAGGUGGACCUGCACUUCCUUAAGGUUCUGGCCGGCAUUGCCACCCAGGGAGCCGUUUCUAAAGCGACACACAGGGCCUAUUAUGUCACCAGCUUCAAACUGGAGGUCAGCACCAAUGGCGAGGACUGGAUGGUCUACCGCCACGGCAAGAACCACAAGACUUUCCUUGCCAACGCCGACCCCUCUGAAGUCGUCCUGAACCGGAUCCCACAGCCCGUCCUGGCGCGGUUCGUCCGGAUCAGACCCCUGACUUGGAAGAACGGCAUCGCUUUGCGCUUCGAGCUCUAUGGCUGUCAGAUCACAGACGCUCCAUGUUCAGAGAUGCAGGGCAUGCUCUCAGGACUACUCCCUGACUCGCAGAUCUCGGCGUCCUCCAUGCGCGACAUCCACGGCUCCAUGGGGGCAGCUCGGUUGGUGGCGAGCCGUUCUGGAUGGUACCCCAGUCCCACGCAGCCCGUGGCCGGGGAGGAGUGGCUGCAGGUCGAUCUUGGAGUCCCAAAAACGGUGCGAGGUAUCAUCACGCAAGGGGCACGCGGCGUCGACGGCAGCACCAGCGCCGAGAACCGAGCCUUUGUGAGAAAGUACCGGCUGGCGCACAGCAUGAACGGAAAAGACUGGAGCUACUUCCUUGACCCUAGGACCGGCCACCACAAGAUUUUCGAAGGAAACACACACUUCGACACCCCGGAGAUCCGCCGCUUCGAUGAAAUCGUGACGCAGUUUAUCAGAGUGUAUCCGGAAAGAUGGUCGCCCCCCGGCAUCGGGAUGAGGCUGGAGAUUCUGGGAUGCGAUCUGCCAGAAUCCACCACUAUUGCUGACACGGUCACCCCAACUCUGGCCAAGCAAGAAGAAUCCACCACAGCUCAGAGGACACCAGCCCCCUCCACCAUGUCCUCUCUGGGUGGACUGUGUGAUUUUGAGGAGAACAUGUGCGGCUGGACCCACGACCCCACAGGAGAUGUGAACUGGGCACUGCAUAGCCCCUCAAAUCCUGGUCUGGACCUGCCCAUGGACGCUGACGACUACGGCAGCUUCCUGUACCUGGUGGCGAGUCCUAAGACCGAGCACAAGCGUGCGAAGCUCCUAAGCCCCAUAGUGGAACCCGAGCAAGGGCCGCUCUGUCUGCUAUUCCGCUACCAGCUCUCAGGAGAGGCGCAGGGGAGGCUGCAGGUCCUGAUUCGCAAUGACAAUCAGGACGAGACCCUGCUCUGGACUCUGAAAACAGAUCAGGACCACAAAUGGAGAGAAGGACGAACCAUCCUACCUCAGUCCCCUAGAGAGUACCAGGUUGUCAUCGAGGGCUUGUUUGAGCAUGGCAGCCAAGGCCACAUCUGGAUCGAUAAUAUCCACAUGAGUGCUAGCACAGAGCUGGAACAGUGCACUGAACCUUUCCCUGCCUUUCCACCUGAGAUGACUGGGGGAGCCCUUCCUGGCAUGAGUGAUCCCACUGUAGACACUACAGUGUCCCUGCAGCCCAUGCCUACCUACUGGUAUUACGUUAUAGCCGGAGGGGGCGCACUGGUGCUACUGGCCUUCAUCACGCUCCUCAUGGCGCUGUGCUGCCAUCGCUACCACCUGGCUGCCAAGAAGAGCCAGCACUCGGUGUCCUACCACAGCACCCAUUACCCAGGUGGCACUUCUACGGCGCCCGCAGUGGAGCCCAUGCUGACCAUUAGACAGGAAAAACACGAGCCGUGCUCCCAGUGAUAAGUAGAGAAGGAGUGAUGGAGACUGAGACUAUCGAGAGGCUCCUAGACUCUCUCUCUCUUUCUCUCUGGCUAUUAUUCUGUUGCUUCAUAACUAACACCCGGCACAGACGCCCAGUGACGCACCUGCAGUGCCCUUCAGGAAGGAUUUUGCACCCGAGGAUGACCUACGCACCGUUUAUUCUGGAGAUGUAUAAAAAAAUCAAAAAACAUUGGUGAAAGCAGACUCGUAAAAGCAUGUAGUCGUUUAAAUUAAGAGAACUUGACACAUAGUUGUGGCCCUUUGGGAACUUUCAGAUGUAUAUGGAUCUCUAAUUGGAGUUUUGCAGCGUUUACAGUUCCAGUACAGAGUUUGUUGAGAAGAGACUUAGGUCUAUCCAGAGUCCUGAGUGGCAGAAAGCCACCUAUGUGUGUGUGUGUGUGUGUGUGUGUGUGUGUGUGUGUGCGCGUGCUUCUCUCACUCCCUGGGUCUCCCUGGAGAGAGCGGCUGGAUGGGAACCUGACUUGGCAGUGUUCUGAGCUCCUGCUUGUGACCAGUUCUGUUGCCAAGAGGAAAAAUGCUGUGCAGUGCUGCCAGAACCACUGAGAGAGGAAAAGCAGAAAAGUGAUAUGACAAAAAAAAUGCAAGAAGGAAAGCUUUGUCACAUUAAAAUGUUAGCGUGUGGACUGAAUAAUGCACGCACAUGCACGUACACAGACACUUGGCAAGGAAGAAAGAGUAUAAUUGGGAAAAAAUAGUUGAAGAUGCCAGCAGUGUAAGAGUCUUUUUUUUUUUGGUUUUAUUUCAUUUUAUUUUUUUUUUUUUAUAAAGGAAUGUGGCUUUGUGUGCCUUGUUGGUCCACGUGUGUGUGUGUAUGUGUGGGUGGAUGGAUGGAUAUAUAUAAGUGUUCUGUAGGUGCAUGGGUGCAGUUGCUAUCCCAGACUCCUAAAUGUUUUACCUUGCUCUUACUUUUCCUACGAGUCUGUCUCCUAACCGAAGGGCGAAUCCAGAAGGAAGAUCUAUAUCUGUCUGUUGAUGUGUACAUUUUAUUUCCUGACUGUCUAUGAAGCUCUGUAACCUGCUUUGUGUCUAUAAAGAUGUUUGAUUUUUCUAUAUGCAAAAGUUAUGUGACCCUGCCUUAGCCAGCCCUACACCUCUGAGCAACCCACAAUCUUUAAGUCUCAUCAUUGGCCUUAAAUAUACAAGUGGCACAGGGCUGUUCAAAAGCCAGUCACUACAGAGCCUCAGUUUUUUGCAGAAAAUACUUAAUGUAGUUUACUAAAUGUACUUUAUAUGCUAGUUAUUUUCUGUAAUAUUUUUAUAUCCGACUCAAUAUGGCACGGUUGCUGGUGAAAGGCUAAAUGGAGACGCAUAUGCACAUGACUGAUGCACUGAUUACCGUUCGGCGUUCUUCGGUAGCCGAUCACGUCUGUCGAAUUCUGUUGCUGUUUUGACUGCUUUAGGCUGUUUUCAUGGCUUGUAUGGAAGCGGAGAGAGAAACUCAAGCUGUGAAUGUGAACGUGUGGCUUUGCUUGGCUGCUCCGCUUCAUGUUUGACGGUGGUGGGGCUUUGCCAUGUUCGAUAGCACCGCAGAGAGUGAGAGAACUUACAGACUCUUUACGUCUCAACACUGCACACUGUGUCGGAUCUGACGGCUUUCCUUUACGGUUCCGCUGUAUCUCAAAUAUACAGAGUUAUUUUUGUGCAAUUAUCAUAUUUGGAAAUGUGUUUAUAUGGCAUUACAACCUUGAUGUUUGAUGAUGAUGUGCAUACUGUAAUACAUGUUCAUUCUAAAAGUGUCUGAUAGCUUUAAAGUGUAUGUUCUUGACUUGAGUAUGAAAGUGUUUUUUUGACAAUCCCCUACUGAAAUGUGAUUACUUAUUACAAACGUACUGAUUCUAUUAAGAUCAUCAUUGAAAAUCGGUGCCAAUCAAAGAUGUUCAUUAUAUUCUAUGAUAUUAUAUUGGAUAUUAUAUUGAGUAAACACACAACACAGCCAAGAUGCACGGCCUAGAGCAAGAUCCAUAAACAUUCCGUAAAACAUCUUAUUCCCUUUAGUUAUAAAGUGUUUGAGGCAUCAUCCAUUAUGAAGGAAAGCUGGCCUUUAGGUAGAUGCUUCAGGUUUUGGCAGCAUCAGAUGCAUUUUGGGAUUAAAGGAGAAUGUAAAUCCCCCCAAAUCUUCUCAUGUCCUCCAUAUGGCAAUAGGUGAAAAUAAUCCUCCAUUACAGAGAUGCAGCCCAUUUUCGCCCCAUUAAUCUGCUCUUCAGAAAAGAAUGCAUGGAAAGGUGGAAGGAGAGAUGAAAGCGAGAGGUCGGUCUAAAGAUACACCAGCUCUGAUUCGGCCCUGGAGUCUGAAGGGGUUUGCUUAAGAACACAAAAGCACAUGAAAGCCGCUUGCAGACAGCCAGAUAGAGCACCUGACCUGGCAGACCCGUGAUGACGCUGGGAGAGAGAAAAAAAGUAUUCUCUUGCUCCAUGUUCCGUCUUUUCUUCCCUUAAUCCCUGCGUACAUAAGAUCCUUGUUAAGAAAAUUACCACCACUUUAAAGAGGCCAGGAUUCAAGCAGGCCUGUCUAUCAUGCAUAAAGCAUGCUGUCAUUAUGGCUUUUGUUUAAGAUUAAAUGAUAAAAGUACAAUGAUGUAGUUUUUUUUUUAAGUGAUGGCAGCACUAAUACUGGCUUCAAAGCUUUUUAUCUUGCAAACAAUGCAAAAAAAAAAAAAAUCAACCUCCAUCGGAGUGCUUAGCCCUUUCUAUAAAGAAUGAUGUCACUGUCAAUUUGUCUCGUGAAGUGCCAAUAAGAAAUCCACCCUCCAUUUCCGUCUCAGUGUUCAUUUCCUUUAUUCUGCCUGUGAGUCUAGCUCAUGGGCUCAUGUGUUUUAUUCUGACAUGAGGCUUUUUUACACAGACUACCCAAUAAUAAUACCAUCAAAGUGUUUGAUUUUCCUGUAGGAACGCCAGCUUUGGAUGGUUUUAUUUAUGAGGAGUUUUUUUUUCUCCCCGUCUCUGAAACUGACAGGUUAGCAGAAAUACAAUCCGGUCUUGAUGUGCUUUUAUAUCAAUCACGGCUGCCCCGUGCGAUUUCUGCGUUGCUCUAAAUAUUUCUAAUUAGAUAAUGGGUCGAUUGCAUUUUAUUAAGCCUGCCGUAAGCAUUCUUUCUCUGGGCCUUUUUCCUUUUGCUGUCCAUCAAAUGAUAUUAAUGAGCAAAAGCACUUAGGUCCGCCUGGCCGUGUACCGGCCUCACAGUGCCAAGAGCCUGCAUCAGCACAAAAACACACUGUGUAUGCACAGUCUGAUGUGUAGCUUUAGAAAAAAUAUGUCUUUUUAAUAUUAUUUAAGGUAGUCAUAUUUGAAUAUGUUUCAGUUUUGAUUUUGUUUGUUUUUUUUACGUGUGCGUGAGUAAAAAUGUUCAUAGUCUUAUACCGAUACCGAUCUGAUACGUACAUCUGUGCCUGUGUGCUCCCUGCAUCCUCUCUUUGUGUAUGUUUGGUCUUGACUGGGAUUGUCUGUUUAUGUGCCAUUUCUGCGCUGCACUUCAGCCUGUUUCAAAAAGAUUUGAGGAAUAUUUUAGCCUGUCGAAUUUUAUGGUCUUGGAAAACGUUGUGCGGAAUGUAAUAAUAAAGUGAUAUUUUUCUACAAA